AUGUCGUUAGGUAGGCAGAAAUUUGUUCCGGGAAGGCUGCUAUUGCAUUUUGAUAAACCUGCCACGGGUUCAUCCCGCAGGAGAAUAUCAACUGAAAGAGAUGCUCGGUUGUAUGGGAUAAUCAACGACCUUGCGUCCGGAUAUGGAAACUUUUGCACCGAAUGUAAAUCAAGAAAGGCGACCUUAACCAUUAGACCAUCACGCCGCUCAGCUUCAAGAAUACACCAGUUUGUACCGAACAGAAUGGCAUCUGAGGCAUCUGAAUAUUUUUUGAAUUGUAUAAAAAUGAUUCUACGUCAGGUAAGUGAUGGUUGCACAAAUUGUCUCAAGAUGUUUAGAGACAAAGUCAAAUUGAAAUGUGAUGAGGCAAAAGCGUACAGAAAUCAAAAUCCUUUGUUCGGUAGUCCGACUAUAUCCAAUUGCAAGCAAGAUUGA